AUGUCUGCGAUCGUUUUCAGUUCCGUUCGUCUUUUAAGAACCCCGAUAUUUAUUCGAAGUGUUACAAACAUUAAAUCCUGCAUCGACCGUUCCGAAGUAUCCGACCGUAUAAUGAAUGUGCUGAAGGGAUUCGACUUUGUGGAUCCUUGUAAGGUGACUCCUGUUUCUCAUUUCGCAAGUGAUUUGGGUCUGGAUAGUAUCGAAAAUAAAACGGUCAAGGAUGCUAUUAAGGCAGACUUUUGCUUAGAGGAAUGGGACAUUCCUGGUACUUCAGUUGAUGAGAUGACAGCAUGUAUUUCUAGAAAUCCCAGAGCGAAGUGA